AUGUGUUAAAAAUUCUAACAAUCUUCGAUUUUUUUUUAUACAUUUGCCAUACACUUUCUGAAAUGCUUUAUUCAAGUCUGUAAUCUACUUUCCAUUACCUAUCACCAUCCUUGAUUUUUUGUUUUAAUUUUUUUUAAAGUAAGGUAAAAUUUGAUACUGGCUCUUAACUUGUUGUAACUAGUAUAACAGUAAAGGACCUGCAUAUAUGACUCCAAUGAGUAUGGUUACAAAACUAGGAGCUGUAUUGAACUUGGACUAAGAAACAGAAUGCUGUACUAUUCGUGGAUAGGCCUACUCUGUGCCUUGGCCGUUCCAGUGACAUGCAACUCCAAGUCGGCUCUCAUUAUCGUAGACGUUCAAGAAUGUUUCCUGCAAGGCGGGAGUCUUGCCGUUGCUCACGGAAAUCAAGUAGUCCCGGUUAUAAACGAGAUACGCAGAAAGUAUGAAAAACAAUUCUCAUUGGUCAUUCUCUCUCAGGACUGGCACUGUCCUGAUCACGUGUCCUUCGUAUCAACACAUCCGGGUACUUCCCUUUACCAGGUUGUUAAUUUGACGUACAACAAAGAAGGACAAUUAUGUUUUGGUGACAAUGUGCCUGACACAUACCAACAUGGUCUUCACUGCAACAGCACCGCGUAUGUUGUGCCGCAGACGUUGUGGCCUGACCACUGCAUCCAGAACGUGACGGGGCCCACGUCGGCUGCGUUCUCUAAACAGAUGACUCGCAAACAGGACGACGUCGUCAUCAGGAAAGGCUUCAACUGUGAGGUCGACUCGUACUCUGCGUUCUUCGACAAUGGCGGGUUCAGCCAGACGGAACUGAACGAGACACUGUCGGCUGCCGGAAUCAGCCGAGUCUUCGUUUUGGGAUUAGCUUUGGACUACUGCGUGUACUACACGGCCAAAGACGCCAACCGCCUAGGUUUCAACACGUACUUGAUCCAAGACGCAUCACGGGGCGUGGCCAGGUCAUCCAUUACAAACGCCCUCGUCGAUAUGAAGUCACACGGUAUUCAUAUUAUUCAGUCAGCAGAUAUGGCUCAUUUGUUUGUGAGUCGGGCACCAACGACGAAGAAGUACAAUCUUUUUAUUAUACCCGUAAUGUUUCUCCUUUUGUUUACCUAGCCACGCUUCGGUAAUUCAUACUCAGUCAAACAUAUUAAUAUAUCCCCAUCUUCUUAGAUAUACACUUAUGGUGUAAAACUUAAACUUAAUGUGAAUAAAUAUGCGUCAUA